AAGUUUUUUUGUGCUGUCAAAAACUUCAGUUCGGAAAAGCUGCGGUUUCCGGAUGCUGUGUUGUUGAAAAUCGUUUUACAACAGGUGGUUGCGUGUUUUGUGCAUUGUUUCAGGUACAAAGGCAGCUAAACCGACCAGAUUAAUUAAAGAUUGAGCCAUGGAGGACACGGUGUGGGCUCGUGACCCUACGGAAGGCUUCGUUUUGGGGCGGAUUUCCGAGAUAACGAGCGAUGGUGCCGAAGUGAUCCCCUUGGACCCGAAAUAUCCCAAAAGAGUGUUGCCGUUUAGCGAUAUUUUCAGAGCCUACGUCGAAAAAGACAGAGAUUACGAUGAUAACUGUGAAAUGAUGUUUUUAAACGAAGGCUCUCUUCUAAAUAACAUCCGUACUAGGUACUACAAAAACAAAAUUUAUUCGUAUGUAGCAAAUAUACUCAUAGCCAUCAACCCUUACAAAGACAUCCCCGAGCUGUAUUCCAGCAAAACAAUCAAAUCCUACCAAGGGAAAUCUCUGGGUGAGAUGCCUCCUCACGUUUUCGCUAUAGCCGACAAAGCGUUUAGAGAUAUGAGAGUCUUCAAGCAGUCCCAAUCGAUUAUAGUCUCUGGCGAAUCCGGAGCGGGUAAAACAGAGUCCACCAAACACUUAUUGAAGUAUUUAUGCGAAGGAGGCGCUGCAGGACCCAUUGAACAGAAAAUCCUAGAUGCAAAUCCAAUUUUGGAAGCCUUCGGUAACGCGAAAACCACCAGGAACAAUAACAGUUCGAGAUUCGGUAAAUUUAUCGAGGUGCACUUCGACAACAAGUUCCAGGUGGCCGGCGGUCAUAUUUCACAUUAUUUAUUGGAAAAAAGCAGGAUAUGCUCAUCACAUGGCGAAGAAAGGAGCUAUCAUAUAUUUUAUAUGUUGAUGGCGGGAGCUCCGGCAGAUUUAAGACAAAAAUUAGGACUCACCAAGCCGGACGAUUUCAAUUAUCUGAAACACGGUUGUACCAGAUAUUUUACGAAGCCUGCCACUGAAAAGGGCUUAACUGCAGGUCAGAAAAGCUCAGCUCACGCGAAACAGGGGCCCCUAAAAGACAUCCUCAUUGACGAUGUCAGCGAUUUCAAGGAACUUGACGUGGCACUGACACGUUUGGGCAUGUCGGACACGGAUAGACAACAGGUUUAUCUAACAGUGGCUGCUGUAUUGCAUUUAGGAAAUGUAGAAUUUGAAGAAAAUCCUGAUGAUACUAGAGGGGGUUGUAAGGUUGCAUCCAACGGCGAAAAAUCGUUGCUUAUUGCUUCGAAAUUGUUGGAAAUCGAAGCUGAUGAGUUGAAACAAGCUUUGGUUUCCAGAGUUAUGCAGAGUGCUAGAGGGGGACUCAAAGGAACUGUCAUAAUGGUUCCUCUAAAAAUCCACGAAGCAAACAACGCCAGAGAUGCCUUAGCAAAAGCUGUUUACAGCAAUUUGUUUGAUUACAUAGUCAGUAGAAUCAACCAGAGCAUUCCAUUUCAAACUUCUAGUUACUAUAUUGGUGUCCUCGAUAUUGCAGGCUUUGAAUUCUUCACUGUGAACAGUUUUGAACAAUUCUGCAUCAACUACUGUAACGAAAAACUUCAACAGUUCUUCAACGAACGCAUUUUGAAAUUCGAACAAGAACUGUAUAAGAGAGAAGGUCUCAGUGUGCCUGAAAUCAAAUUCACAGAUAACCAGGACUGUAUUGACGUCAUUGAAGCGAAAAGUCAGGGUAUUUUUACCCUAUUAGACGAGGAAUCUAAACUACCUAAGCCGGCCUACACUCAUUUCACUGAAGAAGUACAUAAACAAUGGGGGAAAAGCUAUAGGUUAGGAUUACCUAGAUCGUCCAAACUCAAAGCCCAUCGCAGUAUUAGAGACGAUGAAGGGUUUCUAGUCAGACAUUUUGCCGGGGCAGUUUGUUAUCAGACAAAACAAUUUAUAGACAAGAACAACGAUGCUUUACACGCUUCUCUUGAAGGAAUUAUACAAGAAAGCCGGAACAAGCUUAUACAAAAUUUAUUCUCCACUUCAAUGGCGCAGAAAGGUAAACUCACCUUCAUCAGUGUGGGAAGCAAGUUCAAAAGCCAGCUACAAGAACUGAUGGAGAAGCUGAGAAGUAACGGUACCAAUUUCAUCCGUUGCAUCAAACCCAACAACAAAAUGGUCGACCUCCAGUUCGAAGGAAGUCUGAGCUUGAUGCAACUCACCUGUUCCGGAAUGACGUCGGUUCUGGAACUGAUGGAACACGGGUUCCCAAGCAGAACACCGUUCACAGACCUUCACUCCAUGUACAAAGAUUACCUGCCCAAAGAAUUGAAGCAGUUGCCUCCAAAGACGUUUUGCGAGGCGAUGUUGCACAGCCUCAGGCUACAAGACAAGGAUUUCAAGUUCGGCAUUACCAGGGUGUUUUUCAGGCCUGGAAAAUUCGCGGAGUUUGAUAAAAUUAUGAAGUCUGAUCCGGAAAGUUUGAAGAGCAUCGUGGCUCACGUGAAGAAGUGGCUGGUGAAGUCGCGGUGGAUCAAGGCGCAGUUCUGCGCGCUCACCGUGAUCAAAAUGAAAAAUAAAAUUUUGUAUCGCCGCAAAGCGUUGGUUUUGCUCCAGAAAAAUAUCAGAGGGUAUCUAGUAAAGAAAAAGUACGGCGCCAGAAUAAAAACCAUCAAAAACAUCAGAGCCUUGGACGCGAACUUGAAAAAACUGGAAGGAAUAGCCCACCAAUUGAAAAAGGACAAAGAUCUAUCCACCAACGGUAUCAACCAACUAAAAUCCGAGGUUUCCGCAGCUAUUGACAAGAUCAAGAAAGACGACAAAAUCGAUGUCAAGACUGUCGAAUCCCUCUACAACAACCUGGUCGCGAAAAUCAACCAGCAAAUGGGUUCGUUAGAGAAGAAAGUCCAAGAACAGAAGAUCAGGGAGGAACAGGAUAGACUGCGCAAGAUCCAGGAAGAAAUGGAACGGGAAAACAAGAAGAAACAGGAAGAAGAACGUAAACUGCGAGAAGAGGAAGAAAAUAGAAAGAAAAAAGCUGAGAUCGAGGCAAAGAGGAAGAUUGAAGAAGAAGCCAGACUUAAACAGGAACAGGCAGAUAGGAGACUGGCACAAGAACUGCAGCAACAGCAGGAAAAAAUGGAACAGGAAGAACGGCAGUACCAGGAACAAUUGGAACAGGAACGCCAGGACAGGGAGUUGGCACUUAGACUCGCGCAAGAGAGCAAUGGACAGCUCGAAGAGAGCCCUCCCCUUGUGAGAAAUGGACUCAACGGGACUGAUUCUGAACGCGCCUCCUUCAAACUCAACAGAUCCGAUGCUAUCAGAGCGCAGCAAGCUAGUCAAGCCAAAGGAAAGUACGACCUGUCCAAAUGGAAGUACUCGGAACUACGAGACACGAUUAACACUUCUUGCGACAUCGAACUUUUGGAAGCAUGUAGACAUGAAUUCCAUCGUAGACUCAAGGUGUACCACGCAUGGAAGGCAAAGAACAAGAAGCGUACUGUAAUGGACGAAAAUGAGAGAGCCCCACGCUCGGUGCUGGAAUCCGCCCAAAAGACUCCGAGGUUGCCCCAAAAAGCCGUCCUGGAUCACAGCUCUCAGCGUUACUUUAAAAUCCCAUUUCAACGACCCGGAGGUGAUCCUAACAAAAGGGGCUGGUGGUACGCUCAUUUCGAUGGACAGUACGUGGCGAGGCAGAUGGAACUGCAUCCCGAUAAACAAGCUAUCCUGCUUGUUGCCGGAAAGGAUGAUAUGCAGAUGUGCGAACUGUCUCUGGAAGAAACAGGGUUGACUAGAAAAAGAGGUGCCGAAAUUCUGGAGACGGAGUUCAACAAGGAGUGGGAGAAAAAUGGGGGAAAGCCCUAUACAAGACCGGCUGAUAGAAAAUGAUUAAACUCAUUUUGUUUGUGAAGCUGGGCUUCAUGGAUAGCAUUAUUAACGUUUUAGGAGAUACACUGUGUUUAGGCCGCAAGUGUCUUGUUUUUACACGUUUCUAUUCGUAAGAUUUCGGGGCUUUACAAGUAUUCUUAUUCUAUAUAUGUAAAUUUAGGAACCGUUGCAAUUAUUGUUAGCUUUUACAGUAUUAAAUAUUGUCCAAUUUAAUAAUUUAAAUAUAUAUUUAUUAACUUAAA